GCAAAAUUGAUCGAAUAAUAAAAAUUCAAAAUUUCUCUUGUCGUCUUCCUUUGUUUUCUCUGCUUUCAAGAAAAUGCUACGACUCUGCUCUAGUUCUUCGUCAAUUUCUCUUUGAAGAUUCAGUUUCGCUUCAGAAAUCUUUCUGCAGAUUGAGUCGUCGUCUACCCAAUUUCUGCAGAUUUCGCUUCGGUUUUCUUGUUUCUGCAUAAACGCGACUGCGAUGAUUUCUGGGUUUCUGCUUCAUUUCGACAUGUGAAGUAAGCUCUCGUAUGCUUUGAAAUUGAUAUAGUUUGUCAAUUGCGGUUGAUGUUGGAGUCAAUUCGCUGAAGGUUCCAUUAGAAAUUGAGGUUUUCUGGGUAGUGAAAGAGGGUUCUUUAGGGUUUGCGAAAAGAAUGGAUAGAAUCAGUAAUUUACCAAUUGAACUUAAGUAUCAUCUAAUCUCUUUCCUUUCGGCAAAAGAAGCUACUUGCUUGAAGUAUGCCUCCAAGAAAUGGCUGAAUCUGGUUAAUAUCAUACCGCUUGUUGUUGAUUCCUCCUUUUCUGCCAUUAGUGGAAGUUUCCAAGAUUUUGCUGAUCGAAUACAAUUGGCUCGACGUGCCAGUCACCGUAUGAGGAGAUUCUCUCUAAAGUUGCAGUCUUUGGAUUUUUCUCAGUAUAGUAUUGUCAACGAUUGUUUACGCCAAGUGUUGGGGUGUGGUGUCUUGGAUCUUGAACUGGACAUCAAUGUCAAAGGAGAUUACUCACUGCCUUUUGAGAUCUUCACUUGCAAGAGCGUUGUGAAACUGAAACUAGGGUCUGGUUUUGUUAUUGACAUUCUCCCUAAGAAUGCUUUGCUUCCUGCUCUGAAGACUCUCCUUCUUGAUUCAGUUCGGUUCGAAUUCGAUAAUACUGGUGGUUGUUCGUUUACAAGGCUUCUUUCUGCUUGCCCUGUGCUCGAGGAGUUAGUCAUAGAUGGCCACAACUGUGAAGAUUGGAAAUGGUCUCGCAUUGUAUCUAGUCAGAUCCUUAAGAGACUUACUAUUCGGCGUGAAGAAUGGGUUCAUAAUGGCAAUAGUUUUGAGCCUUUCAGUUUGUAUACUCCGAGUCUUGAAUACUUUGAAUACUUUGAUGUUCUCCGAGAUAGGUAUCCAGUUGUUUAUCUCAACUCCCUUGUUGAAGCUAAGCUAGAACUUCCUCCUCUUUAUAUUGGGGAGUCGUAUGAUGUUAGAAAUCUGAUAAAGGGGUUAAAAAAUAUUCAGAUUCUGCGCUUAGGAGCUGUUGACACGAUGCAGCUGUUUUGGGCCUUCAGGGAAGCAGUCCCAGUGUUUGAGAACCUGUUUCAUUUAUCAGUUAGUACUGAUCCAGCUAUCUGUUGGGAUGCUCUGUAUAUUCUUCUUAAAAGUUCUCCAAAUCUAAAGACUCUCACCAUUGAGGCUUUGCACUACUAUCAAGACUAUCAUUUAACAUCUGUUUGCCAAUGCUUGGAGGGGUAUUCCUACUUUUUGUCCUGCCAUAUUGAGAUCCUAAAGAUAACCCAUUUCAGUGGACAGAUCGGAGAAAUGGUGCAGAUAAAGCAUGUCUUGGAGAAUUUGCUGUGUCUGGUGCUGUUGGAAGUUCAUGUUGAGGAAAAAAGAGUUGACAAUAAGCUGCAGAUCUUGGCGGAUCUCCUAAUGCUCCCGAGAGCUUCAUCCAAAUGCAAAGUCCAGGUCAAGUUCGUUUGAACAAACAAGAGUUUGUUGCCUCAACAUGAGAACUGUUUUGUUUUGCAUCUUUUGUACAUGAUAUUGCUCUGAAUAGAACAGCUUGGUUUUCCUUUUUGUGUGUUUUGCGCUUAAAACACUCGAGUUUGUAAGACAGAGGCUAAGCUACAUUUAGGUCUAUUAUUGGCAAGAAUAAAAGAGAAAGAUAUUCCAAUGAAUAAAUAGUUUUGGGGAUUUAACA